UUUAAUAAAAGAAAAUCGGUGGGCUUUGGGUUGAGAUUAAUAUUUUGGAGAGCGGCCCAACAUAUCUUCAACUCUAGCAAGUAGUAACCCUAAAACCCUUCCCCUCCUUCCCUGGCGAAAAAGCUCACAACGCACGCGCACACAGGAGGGAAAGAAGAGCGGAGGCGCAGAAAUUGAAAUUUGAAACACACGGUGGAGAAAGACAGCCAUGGCGGAUAGCAAGGCGGUGACGAUCCGAACGAGGAAGUUCAUGACCAAUCGUCUCCUCUCCAGAAAGCAGUUCGUUAUCGAUGUUCUGCAUCCAGGAAGACCGAAUGUUUCCAAGGCGGAGUUGAAGGAGAAACUGGCAAGAUUGUAUGAAGUGAGGGAUCCAAAUGCCAUCUUUGUUUUCAAGUUCCGCACCCAUUUUGGAGGAGGGAAAUCCACUGGUUUUGGUUUGAUUUAUGAUUCUGUUGAGAAUGCAAAGAAGUACGAGCCCAAGUACAGGCUGAUCAGGGGGCCCUUUCAGGCUAUUAUAAACUGCAGACAAAAGGGUUAUAAAGGAGAAUGGAUUGGAUACAAAGGUGGAGAAGUCAAGGAAACAACUCAAGGAAAGGAAGAACAGAGCCAAGAAGAUCCGCGGAGUAAAGAAGACUAAGGCUGGUGAUGCUGCCAAGGGCGGGAAGAAGAAAUGAGCUUGUACACAUUCUGAGGCUGCAUGUGUUCGUCGCAGCAUGUUUCUGCAUCAACCUCUGUGUCUCUUGGUCCCUGUAAAAGUUCUGACGAUUGAGUUGAGGCUUAUGUUGUGAUUUUAUAGCGUUUAAUCCUCAGAUUUUUUAUUAUUUUUUUGUUUUUCCGCCCUUAUAUUGAUCGUGCUUUUAGACUUUUAAUCAUGAAAAUUAAUCGGAGAUCAUUUGCCUUAAUUCAAGACAAGAAACUACGCAGAAUAUCGUCGCAAAUUUGCAAAUUCGUUGAUUGUAGUUUGUGUCUACGGAUGUGUUGCAAGUUGCAACCAAAGAAUGCUCCAUGAUAUUUAUUUUCCUU